UUGAGAAGUGCUUGCCGUUGUUUCCCUGCAAAAUAAAUUGCAUGAUGGUGGAACCAGUAGUUUGAUGCAGUAACAGUAAAAGGAAAAUUUUGAAAUUUAAUCGAUGAAAAGCUACCAGCACGGGUAGUACCUGUGCAAAACUUUGGAUUAAUUGCUCAAAAGCUCUCAAACACGUCUCCCGUAAAGUGAUGGCUUACGAAGUGCAACCUUGGAGCUCCACCACUCAUGCGACGCAUAACAUGGAACAGAUUUCCGGUCCACCGGCCCGAACCGGAACCUGCUACCAGACACCACGCUCACACCCGUGGCGUCCCACAAUGGGAUACGAAGCGGUGCAAGUGACUCCAUUGCACGAACAACCAAUAACCAAUGCACUUGUAGCUUCUUCCUACUCACCAUCAGCAAUGUGUUCCGAUCCGGUUACCUUCCCAAAUCUUGUCACUGGGUUCGAACGGAAUCCACAACAUGCAGCACGAGCCGCACUCUAUACUCGCUACACACCGAACGAGUGGACCACUUCAAACGUGACAACUUAUGCCGAGGCGGAUAAAAACCGAAAUUAUGCCGAAAAAGUCCGCUCGGAGGCCGUCCGCCUCAUGCGAGAAACUGACGAAAAAACGUCUCAAGGCCAGCGUGAUGCAGCGAGACGUUUGGGAGAACGUAUUACGGAUAUUACCUUUUGGCGAAACGAGCUGACAACUGAACUAGAAAAACUAAUUGCCGAGUCUGCUCAGCUGACGGACACGAAACGCAAUGUUCAAAAGGCACUGCAAGAUCUAGAACCGCCUUUGCAUAUAGCACAGGAAUGCCUGUACCAUCGGGAGGGACGUAAGAGCAUAGAGCUGGUGCACGACCACGUGGAAAAAAGUUUGCUUGUUGAAGUGGAUAAUUUGCGAUCCUGUCAGGAGAAACUGUCUCAAUUACUGGCUCGCAUCACCAAGCAAUUGGCCGAUUGUCGAGCGGCUCAGCAUUCGCUGGAGGAUGACAUCAGUCACAAGGAAUCUGCACUGGGGAUUGACUCUCUGUGCCAUCAGCUGAAUAACUACAGCCGCGGGAUUAAUUACUACGGUGGUAUUGAAAAAUAUGAUCCGACCGUUAGUACGCCUGGCACGUGGUCCGGCUCGAGCAGCACGCGCAUUAACAACUCGCACUCAGAACGUUCGAAAUCCUGCCAGCUGCGUAGUGAUGCUGAGUCCCUGAUCAACGCGGUGGCCACAUCCGUCUGGGAUUGCUGGAGCAACACCAACAACGCGUUGAACAACCGGUCAUCGGAAAUGCUGGAAGCGAAGAGCAAAAUGCAACUGCACUUGCAUAAGACCCAACAAGAAAUAUUUGAUGUGGAGAAACAUAUUGAGCUUUUGCGCAAAGCUGUCAACGACAAAUCGAAUCCGAUGAAGGUGGCACAUACCAGAUUGGAAGCACGUGCUCAUCGUCCUGGUAUCGAAAUGUGCCGUGAUAAUGCUCAUCUUCGCCUGGUGGAAGAAGUUUGCACGAUUCAAGACUCGGUUGCCACGUUGCAUCGUAAGCUACAAGAAGCGGAAGCACAGCAUCAGCAGCUGCUCAAAACUAAAUCGCAACUAGAGCACAACCUUAAGCUCAAGGUCGACUCUUUGUUUAUUGAUCGAGAAAAAUGCAUGGGGCUCCGACGCUCAUUCCCUGUUAACAAUACCAUAAAAUAUUGAAACAUUAGCAAUAAUUAUAAAUAAAUUAUAAAUUUUCGCUACUUCCACGAAUCAUACCACGCGUAC